GCCCGCGCCGCCGCCGCCGCCGCCGCCGCCGCCACCGCGCGCCCCGCUCCCCAGCCUGCCUGCCGGGCCGGCGGGCCGCAGCCGCCCCGAUGCCCGAGCCCGGCCCCAGGAUGAACGGCUUCUCGCUGGGCGAGCUGUGCUGGCUCUUCUGCUGCCCGCCCUGCCCGAGCCGCAUCGCCGCCAAGCUGGCCUUCCUGCCGCCCGAGCCCACGUACACGGUGCUGGCGCCCGAGCAGCGCGGCGCCGGCGCGCCCGCCCCGGCCCCGGCCCCGGCCCCGGCCCAGUCGGCGGCGCCCGCUCCGGCCCCGGCCUCGGCCUCGGCCCAGCCGGCGGCGCCCGACGAGGGCGCGGGCCCGGGCGCGUGCAGCCUGCACCUGAGCGAGCGCGCCGACUGGCAGUACUCGCAGCGCGAGCUGGACGCCGUCGAGGUCUUCUUCUCGCGCACGGCCCGCGACAACCGGCUGGGCUGCAUGUUCGUGCGCUGCGCGCCCGCCAGCCGCUACACGCUGCUCUUCUCGCACGGCAACGCCGUGGACCUGGGCCAGAUGUGCAGCUUCUACAUCGGCCUGGGCUCGCGCAUCAACUGCAACAUCUUCUCCUACGACUACUCGGGCUACGGCGUGAGCUCGGGCAAGCCCUCCGAGAAGAACCUGUACGCCGACAUCGACGCCGCCUGGCAGGCGCUGCGCACCCGGUACGGGGUGAGUCCUGAGAACAUCAUCUUGUACGGCCAGAGCAUUGGGACGGUGCCCACAGUGGACCUGGCCUCGAGGUACGAGUGUGCUGCCGUGAUCCUGCACUCGCCUCUCAUGUCCGGCUUGCGUGUGGCUUUUCCCGACACCCGGAAAACGUACUGCUUUGAUGCUUUCCCCAGCAUUGACAAGAUAUCCAAGGUCACCUCCCCCGUGCUGGUCAUCCACGGCACCGAGGAUGAGGUCAUCGACUUCUCCCACGGCCUGGCAAUGUACGAGCGCUGUCCCCGAGCCGUGGAGCCCCUCUGGGUGGAAGGGGCCGGGCAUAAUGACAUCGAGCUUUACGCACAGUACCUAGAAAGACUCAAACAGUUCAUAUCCCACGAACUUCCCAAUUCUUGAAGAAGACAACUCGAUUUUACCUCACGUACUGUGAACACAAGAGUCCUCUGUUCUGCACGCGCUCCGCCUGGACGGCUGUUACGGUGUGCCCGCGGGGGAGCGUCCAGCCUUCAGGGUGUCCUGAUCGGAAGGCUGAGGACACGGUCCUUUCUAUCUAGAUGUUGUUCUCCUAAUGCACACAGCGCGUCAUCCUGAGCUGUUGUGGUUUCCGGCUUCAUUACUUUGCAGGAAUGGGAACGAGGGCUGAACGUGGGGACAGCUUCCUCGUGUGUGUGAAGGAUGCUCACCUGUGUCUCCACCGUCCCCAUCAUUCACGGCCCAUGUGUGCAGGACUCAGGCCUCUGUCCACCGUGUUCUCAGUAUUUGACGUGCCCCGCUCUCAGCCCCUGGAUUCGGCGGCUCCAUCCAUUUGGGAAGCGGGUGACAGUGUGACUGGAAAAUUCUCUUGGGGAAAACUCCCUUGUUAAUUUUUGUUAACAUACAGGUCUUUCCUGCUCUUUCUCCCAAACAAAUCAACUGAAGGGUGAUUUACUGAAACUAUCAUGAACAGCUUCAUCAACUGGAACCAUAGAAAUAUAACUGGAAUAUUCUUAAACUAAAGGAAACUGGGUGUUUUUUUUUAAGUGUAAAUUUAUUACUAGUCAACAGAGUUUUAAUAUUUUGAUCAUCUGGGUGGUCUAACAAAGAGCCUAGCCAGCUUCGGUAAAGCCCUCCUUACAGGCUUUUUUAAAGUACUGUACAUAUUUGCGAUUACAUUGUGCAUAGAUUCUUGAUGGAUAGUUUUCUUUUGUCAGGCUACAACAGUGAGCUGCAGAUCCCUCGUUUGUGAUGUAAAUGAUCGAAUACAUUUUGUUAAUAACGUUUUUAUUCCUAUGUUUUGCUAUUAAAACAUUUUAUAACGUUUCCAAGACAAAAAAAAUUUACAAGUUUAUGCUUUGAAGAAUUUAUGUAAUUAAAAUUUCGCUAAACUAAUCUUUUUAGUUUAGGAGUUAUUUGGGUUUUGACACUGGAGCUGUGCCCAGCGAGCAUCAGAGAGGUAAGAUGCCUGAAACUGCUACACUGCUCGUGUCGCUUGGGAGCCUGGGUUUUGGGGAUUCUUUGGUUUUAUUUUAAAACUUGUUUUCAAAUUUAAAAGCCUUAAAUGUACUGUAAGCCUCAGAUCGUUGUGCAGCUGGACCGCCGUGGACGGCCGGUUUGUGUACUGUUGCUCGGAUGUGGCGCUGCGGUUGGUCGUGGAAUAAAGGAUGCAUGGGUCAGAGCGGGCA